UACACUUUUACUCUUCAUCGACGACGAAGGCGCUAUUACCCAUCGACCAUGACGAGCUCGUACCGCCGAAUUGACACGACUGACCCGAGGAGACAUGACCGGGUCCGGCCGAUGAAGCUACCAGCAGCCUGGCUCGAUGAUUCCAUCGACGUGUAUGGGUUUAUCCUUUCGUCCGUCACAAUGAUCAGCGGCGCGGCGAUGAUCACAAGGCUGCCAUCGCUGGCAUGCAUCGGCCUGCUCUUUGCUUUAGCGAAUUUUGCCCACGACAAGCCUCUUCAGUCCAAGAAAGAGUCGGCGAGCCAAGGUGGACCAGUGAUGGGUAUGAUGUGA